UCUCAUGUUCUGCUCAUGCUAUCCAUGUUGCCGUGUGCGUCCCUCGUGUACCCUCGUGAAUCUUCAUGCUAUCCUGUGUCAACCCUGUGCUGAUCAGAGUCAAACAACACUGGUGUCCAAACUGGAGGCCCUGCAGUGUCACUUCACCUGGGAUCUGGACACCAGCAGGUCCAAACUUUUCCGUUGCAGGGAAAGGUUUGAGGAUUUCUUCACCGAGGACGGACACAGCUGGCUGGGUCACAUUUACAACCUGCGGGGGUUCAUUGAAUACAAGCUGGGGUUCACUGAAGAAGCCCAGAGUUUCUUCAACAAGGCUACAGAGGCCUUCCGUCAGAUGAGAAACGCAGAUGAGGGUCCCUGGUUAGUGGUGAAUUACGGAAACCUGGCUUGGCUGCACCACCACCUGGGAGACCCAGCAGAGAGUGAGGCUUACCUGACAAAGGUCGAACUGAUGAAAAAAUACCAAUCUCCAUCCCAGGAUGAGCUCCACCCAGAGAUCUACGCUGAAAAAGCCUGGACUUUCAUAAGGUUUAGCACAGAUAAAAUGCUGCUGGCUGCAGAUUACUUCCAGAGAGCCAUUAGGAUGCAGCCGGACAUGGUGGAGUGGCACACCUACCAUGUCAAAGGGUUAAUGUUUGCUUCAAAGCACAGCAGCACAGGGCUGGGGGCUGACAUCUUGGAGAAAAUGAGAAUCGCCAAAGAACAGGAUCCAGAGAACUUGUUCUUUGCUGUUCACUACCUUGAGCAUUGUGCUAAGAAAGGAGAAAUAAUUAAAGAUGAAGCAUGUAAGCUAGCCAGGGAGGUUUUGAGAAAUCCUAUCAGCAGCUACAGUGGUAUUAAACCAUUACUUAGGGUUUACAGAAACUAUGUAUCUGUUGAUGAGGCCAUUGACUUGGCAGAGGAGGUUCUGAAAAACCAGCCAGAUGAGCGUUAUCUGAUGAGAUGUGCUGCACUCUGCUACAAAUGGAAGAUAUUUUUCAGUGACAGUCCCCAAAAACAAAGCAUGGUAGACAGAGCAAUCAGUCUCCAUGAAGAGGUGAUUUCACUUUACCCUCAUUCUUCCCUUGGGAAGAAAAUAGACCUUGCAAAUAUAUAUUCCAAAUCAACUAACGGCAAGGUUAAAGCUAAGCAGAUAUACCAGGAGCUGCUAAAAAGUGAUCUUGAUCAGGCAGGCAAACAGAUGCUUUACAACAACUACGCAAAAUAUUUAAACUUCCAAGGACAGGAUCGCACCAGCUCACUAAGAUAUCACAUGAAGGCGGCAGAGAUACCGCAACAAUCCAUCUUUCGUGAGAAAAGCAUCAAAGUUCUAAAGAACAUAAGAGACAAAGGCAAGGACAGAAUGUGUCGCGAAAUACAGACGUUUCUGGAGAACCUGCAAGAGCCAUAAUGUUUUUAACAGCACUGGUUCUGAAUCCAGAACAAAUAUAGGUAUUGCAUUACCUGAAAAUAAUCAGUAAAUUAAUCAAGCUUUGUCUUUUAAACGCAGGUUUCAACACGUGUCUGCACUUUAGUAGUUAAUGGAAGACAGAUGUUAGAUAUUGUCACAAUAUCUAAAAGAUUAUUUGUAAAAUUGUUUAUAUAGCCUUUGCAAUUUGCUUUGCAGUUAGCUUUGUUUUGUGAACUAUAAAACUCUUUGAUUGGUACUGUAAUACUUAACUUGAUGUAUAAACUGAAUAUUAUCACCAGCUGAUUGUAUGUAUAGAAAAUAUGU